GAUUCUGCCACCUGAGGAGCAUGGCGUCUCUGAACACGAGGCAUUUCAGCUCAACUCCUUCACCCAGAAUCCUGCAGCUCGCUCGGCCCCGAGAAUCUAAAACAGUUUGGCUCACGACACCAGAGAAGGUGACUUGGGGAAACCAGGAGACAAUAUGGUCUUCGUCCUGGACUGCGUUAAAAGCCGUACCAACCUCAAGGAUUCUGGCUCUGUCGCAACCCAAAAAAGAUUUCGCUGCCCUCCAUCAAGACCUGCUUAGGAAAAGGCACGAGGAGACUGAGGAAACAAGGAAGAAGAGGACGUGUUUUCCUUCUAGUACAGCACAGUAUGAACAUGUCGCGCGCCUGGCAACCCCAGAUUUCCGUCCCAGGAGCUUCCAGAUAGUGAGCCCCCCUCACACGAAGCAAUGUGAGCACAGCUGUCCCGUGUGGCACAUCAGCUCUGCUGUGCGGAAUGCUGUCGCCUCUCCACGUAUUCUUCAGCUUGCUCAGCCCAGACACAUACACCCUGAGUACAAGAGCAACCGUCAGAACGUAGAAACAUGGAUCUCGUGUGCAGCUAAAACAGCUCAGGCGAGUCCAAGACUCGAGCAGCUGUGUGUGCCUAAACUGCGAGAGAGCAAACUCUUCUACCAGCAUGGCUGUCCUGAGAGCCCCAUCAGACCUGUAAGAGUGAGUGUAUGUGUGUGUGUGUGUCAGUUAAAGGAAUGCUCCAGCAUUUUUAACCUGAUCUCUAUCCACUGCCUCUCUAAUGUGUGUGUGUGUGUGUGUUUGUGUGUGUGUUACUACAGCUAAGAAUUUCUACACAUCUUGUUGUAGUGAGAACAUUAUAGAAAACAUGUUUACUCCAAACUGAGUCAAGUCUAAGGGCAGCUGCUGAAUUAUGUCAGGAUAUGGUUUCAUAAUUUUUCAGCAAAUGUACUUAUAAAUUAAGAUGUGUGUAAGUCCUCCUUUCAGAGAUGGGAGGGUUUGUUUUAGAGAGAGAAGAAUUUGUGGUUGUGUUACCAACAAACAGUAAUGUGGGUCUGAUUGCCAUGGAUCCCACAAAACCUUUGGGAAAUCAAAAAUAAUCAGAGUUCAUGUUUUACUGUACACUUAAAAACAGCUUUGGUAAGACGUUCCAUCAUGUUUAUCUCUCUUCGAGACCUUUAAUUUUUGGAAAUGGAAUGGUUGUAGUUAUAUACUGUAUGUGCAAAAAUUGUUAUGGGAAAAUAAUCAGUGAUGGAGUGGUGUGAUGUGAACUGACAACUAAAAAAUUCCCAUUUUCACUUAUGUUUUAACAGUUCUGAAUAGUCAUUCAUUCACCAGCCUCUCUUUCUUCUGUCUUUUGAAGUUAAUAAUAAAAAACAAAUUGUCAUUUUACAGACAAACUGCAGUGCACAACAUCAUCUCAUUUACCUCUAACUGUUACAAAGCACUGACACUGGAGACUCCUUACAAAAAUGCUAAAUAAACAUCUCCUCAAGGAAAACUUCAGAAUAUCAUAAAUUACACAUAUUUUUUUCCAUCAGUUUUCUUAUCUCACUGCAUGUUCAGGGAUUUACCUUUUUGUAAGGUCCACAUGUCCUCAUAGUGAGAGAAAUUCAUGAAAAGUAUGACUUUUUUGAGAUAUUUGGCUGAUCUCUAAAAAGAAACAUGCUGUUGGGUGCAUGUGCAUGAGUGAGGUGCUCAAAAGUAGUAGGCCUCAUUUAUCAAUCUUUUAGUAAAGUUGUGUGUAGAUAUUUUUUGUAGGUCAAACCUAACAAACAAAUAACACUGAUUUUCUUCAGAUCCUCUUGCUUAUAUUGAUAAAUGCCAAUCACUUGUAAACUACCAAGGAUUGUUCAUGGCACAGCUGGUAACACAGUGCUAGCAAAAAUCCAUUAAAGACAAAAAGCUCACAGAGAACUGAAAAUGACAAAAUGACGACUAAUCGGUGAAGAGCAUCUCCUAAGAACGAGCUGUGUGCGAUAAAUGUUCCACUAAUGCAGCUCAGCCACUGCAGCGCAUCAGCUACUAUAGGCACACACUAACUCUUCCUCAGUUUAUAGGGCACCAUUACUUUGUCCUAAUCGAAUAGUCUUUAUUUGUCUAAUUAAUAUUUUUUUAUUGCUUUCUGUUAAGUCGUUAAUAUAAAUUUGAAAUGUGAUGAAACGUGAUUUAAACUUGGCAGUGUAAUCCAUAUAUAAAAUCGCCGUAACUCAUCGCUAAUUAUACAAUUUGAAGCCGAUUUGUCAAAAUGUACACAAACUCAGGAGUGAAUGUAGGAUACGACGUUUUUCCGUACUAGCUGGAUUUUCAUGGACUCCAAAUUUCUUUCGUAAAUCAAACGAUUUAUGAAUAUCCAGUUUGUUAAAUGAGGCCUAAUGUUAGCAUUAAUAUGUAUGUAUUCAUAACCGACUUUUUUUUUUACAACCAGGUGUCUAAAGGAGCAAGAACAGCCACAGCAAGCGCUCGUGUGAGAGAGCUGUCCACCCCAAAGAGCUAUAUCAAUCCCUGAAAAAAAAAGAAAUAAAGAGACAGAGACCUCAUAAUCACACACCAGGCGUUACUGUCACGGUUAAAGAAAAGAGAGGGAGAAAACAAGAGUAACAGAUGGACUGAUUAAAUAACCACACUAAGAAGCGUAUAAAAGAGUUUCCGUGUUUUUUUCUUCUCUUCUCUUUUUCUGCUUUUGCUAUCUGCAAGCCUCAGACUUUACCUUGGAACGUUUCAGUCUGAACUUGGAAAGGUUGUGUUAUCUUAAGCAAAAUGCCAGAAUAGUAAACUCCAGCCAGCCAACACAGAGAACAGGAGAACUUUUCUCAGUCGAUCAGUGUCUGUUUUGUGUGUUUUUCACAUCAGUUUACACAGCUUUAGUUUCGGUUACACAACAAGAAUGGAGAGUCAGUGUGUGUUGGCAAAAACGUUACAACUCAAACACAGUCCUUCUGUAAUCGAUUUGCAGAGUAGGCUGCUUCUGUUUGUGUGAAUAUUGAAUAUUGAAACUAUGAAACGAUCCAAAUGACAUUUCUGAUUGUGAUAUAAGUAAGGAAUAAAAGAGGAUGGGCCGUGCUGUUUUAGGAAAGUAAUCAAUGACAGGGUGAUGUGAUGCAGCUAAUGUGAAGCGUUUUAUUUCUUCAAAACUACAUCAGUUUGCCAACACUAACAAUUUUUUUUAUUAAUUACAGAACAUAUUGUGCAAUUAUCCAUUUAUAGCUAAAUUUAAUGUAAAGCACUGACACUGGAGACUCCUUUCAAAAAUGCUAAAUAUACGUCUCCUCACUGAAAAUGUCAAAUCAGCGAUUACACGUUUUUUUUUUUAAUCUGUUUAUGUGGAAUAUCCACCAUACAAAUACUCUCAGAGCUGCUGUUGCAGAAAAUUAAUCAAUACCUUCUGACCAAUCAGAAUCAUUUUGCAUUUAAGGACUUUUACAAGUCUCUUACUAUUAGUUUUGGAUUAUUUUGUGACUUCCUAAGGCAAUUUUUCUUCAUUUAUUUUGUCUUUCAUUUCAUUGUCGCGGCUUUGCGUAAUUGUAUAAUCUAUAUUCUUUUGUUUGUUUUUAGUGUUAAAAAUGACUCUGAUUACUGAUUUUUCACCUGUUUGCCUUAAAGAAGUCUUAAAUAAAUACUCCUGUGUAGACUUUUUAUAACUAUAUAGUUUUAUAAAUUGUAUUAGAUUGUACUGUAACAAUUUAUUAAGACAAUAAUAAACAUAAUUGCUAGCAUUUAUUCUAAUAUUUAGGCUGUAUGUUGUAACCGGUUUUCAUUAGACGAGCGUCAUAAAAUGAACAUAGUACUCAGUUUUGUAGACAGGUACAUUUUUUCAUGUAAAAACCAAGGGUGUACAAACUUUUGCAAAACCUACUGAUAACAUGCAGUUUCUUUUUCAAACAUUAGGUGCCAGCAUUAUGUAAAGCCACAUCCAAAACUUCUUUUGCACACGCGUGUCACUUUUACACAACUUUUAUUCUACAUCUACAUGAUACGCAAGGAUUUUCAAAAUGGAUGUACAAAAAACAAAUUAAUUAAAAAAUUAAAAAAUUGAGCAAAAGCAUUCAGCCAAAAUGAAUUAUUUCUACACGAGCUGUAGUGGGGCUGACAAGUUACCUGGCAAACUGGGUGUAUUAAUUACCAAGCAGCAAUGACAUGGCAUUCAUUUUUAAUAGCGAAAAGGCAAAAUUAUAUCAAUCUAUGACAAAAUUACAGCCUCUGUAUCUGACAGGAAGUGACAUGCCAUGAAAACAAGCACAAGACAGCGUUUAGGUGAACGCUGGGUGCCGACUCGCAUACCCUCACAUACGUCCUCUUAUACCACAGCAGUUUACCAACAAUUACAUUCUCUAUUUGUUAAUCAACGACGCCCAAUCAUGUGGCAGCAGUGCAAUACGUAUAGCGGUCAAGAGCUUCAGGUAAUAUUCCUCAGAUCAGAAUGAGAAAACAGUGUAAUC